CUCCAGUGGAAAUCUGACAUUGAUAAGUCAAAGUGAUACAUUUUUUUUAAAACAAUUGAUUUUAUGUUAAUUAUAUUAAGUUGUGGAAGUAUGUGAGAUGCACUUAAAUUUACAAAGUCAUUGGCACAACUUUGGCUUUCAUGAAAACUUUUAGCUACCCGAUAAAAUAUUCGUGGUGCAAACUUCGGCUGGAGAUCUGUCAUGGUCGGCCUUACACUAAACGCCAUCGGUAGGUUUGAGAAACAACGGUGCGAAGGUCGGGGGGAAAAAAACGUGGAUGUCUCGGCGUAGCGAAAUGGUUGGAUGGAGAGAGGGGAGCUGCUGCGCGUUGAGUGGAGGGAGACGGCGAGUGAGAUGGAGGCGGGGGGGAAGGACCAUCUCUGCGGGGACUGGAGCCCAGGACCGACGGCGCAGUGCUGGCUAUCGUUCAACCCUCCCCUUCUUCCUCCACAACGACACGGAGGCUCACGCCGAGAGACAGGUAAGCCAACAAAACACCCGCUCGGUUUCAUAAUACUGCGAGAGAGCGCGAUAAACAAACCAAAAUAACCUUAUAAAAACACACUUAAUCUACCUUCAAAGUUCGCUUUUAUUUUCGUGUAAAGCGCCUCGGUCGGUAGCCUCUUUGUAGUAGCGAAAUAAACCGACCGCUGUGGCAGGGUACAGACUAGGUCGGCCAUAGCCGAAUUUCUUGUCCUCUACAGCGGGGAAGAAACUGGAUGUAAGACCCGGAGGUAAAUGUGGUAUUUGCUCAAAAUUACACCGAGUGACUGUUUUAUGCUAAUUCCCGUCACCGAAACUCGACAGUUCGUGCUGUAACUAGGGUUUUUGCGUGGGGAAAUUAACGGUGGUUUCCGCGCCGAGACCUCCAUGCGGCUGUUGGCGGAACAGCCAGCCGCCUCUCUCGGUUAGCCAUCAGGGAUCUCGGUUUAAUAUCUCACCGUGCAGAGACUCGCCCUCUCUCUCCCCCUCUCUCUCUCACUGACUAUCCCAGAACCACCGACGACCGUGCUCGGAGAACCCGCCUUCUUGAUCUCGCUUAUGCGCUUUUGGACCAAGAGAAGGGAGUCUGCAACGCCCUGGCUUUAGCUUUAAGCUCCGUUUUUCUGUGUUUGCAGUGCGCCAUUGGACCUUGUCACGGUAGGUUUCCUUGUAGAGCAGAGCUGAAGCAUGGCGGACCUGGGGCUGUUUAUCGCGCCAGUGAAGCCACUCUGCCUCGGAUGUUAACGUGUUUCCUUUGAGCUUUUACAGGCUAACAUUUAAUGUACAGUUUAACCGCGCGGUGCAGCAGACCGAGCAGCUUCUGUUAAAAUGAACUCUUUCGUUAAGUAAGGUCGAGGUUGUAAUGUUUGGACGUUAAAAAUAUUUUCCAUUUUCUUCUUUCUUCCUGCGCCUCCAUACAAUACAGUAUAUUCACAAAUGAAUGGAGAAAUGGAGGCAGCGGCCCAAGUCCUCGUGUGGACACAGGAUGACCUAUUAAAACUGCUGGAGGCCAUGAAAGUGGCCCUGCCUCAGAAAGACCUGACUAAAUACAAAACGUCAGAGUCCCACCUGGACUGGCAGAAGGUGGCUUUCAAUUCCUACACAGCAGAGAUGUGUAAGCAGAAGUGGCAGGAAGUCUCUAAAGAGAUUCGUAAAUUCAGGACCCUAACCGAGCUGAUAGUUGAUGCCCAAGACUACAUCAAGAACCCUUACAAGGGCAAGAAAAUAAAGAAACACCCAGAUUUCCCCAAGAAGCCCCUGACUCCAUACUUCCGCUUCUUCAUGGAAAAGAGGGCCAAGUAUGCAAAGUUGCACCCUGAGAUGAGCAACCUAGACUUAACUAAAAUCCUCUCAAAGAAGUACAGGGAGCUACCCGACAAGAAGAAGAAAAAAUAUGUGGACGACUUCUUAAGAGACAAAGAAUCAUUUGUGCAGAGCAUGAUGAAGUUCAGAGAAGAACACCCAGACCUUGUGGAGAGCAUGGCCAAGAAAGGUUCAAAUGUACCAGAGAAGCCCAAGACACCACAACAGCUGUGGUACAACCAUGAAAAAAAGGCCUUCCUGAAGACACACCCAGAUGCGACCACCAAAGACAUUAAGGACAGUCUUGGUAAACAAUGGACGCAACUGUCUGACAAGAAGAGACUCAAAUGGAUCACCAAGUCUCUGGAGCAGAGGAAACUGUAUGAGGGGACAAUGCGGGAGUACAUCCAACAGCAUCCAGAGUUAAACAUGACCCAAGAUGAUAUCGUAAAGUCCACCCUGACCAAGGCUGAGAGGCACCUGAAAGACAAAUCUGACGGCAGACCUGACAAACCACCUCCAAAUGGUUAUUCAAUGUUCUGCGCCGAGUUGAUGUCGAACAUGAAGGACGUCCCGAGCACAGAGCGCAUGGUGAUGUGCAGCCAGCGGUGGAAGCUGCUGAAACAGGGUGAGAAGGACGCCUACCAGAAACGCUGUGAAAUGAGGAAGAAGGAGUAUGAAAUUGAGAUGAACAGAUUUCUCAGUAGUUUGUCAGAGGAGGAGCAACAGCGGGUCUUGUCUGAGGAGAAGAUAGGCUUUAAGAGAGGCGGUGGAGCCGGCAGUCCUGCCUCUAAAAAGAAGAACUCUAAAGCAAAGGCCAAUCCAGAGAAACCCAAAAGGCCAAUCUCAGCCAUGUUCAUCUUCUCUGAGGAGAAGCGUCCUAAACUGCAGCAGGAGCGUCCAGACCUUUCUGACAGCGAACUCACAAGACUCCUGGCCCGCAUGUGGAAUGAGCUGCCAGAUAAGAAGAAGGAGAAAUAUAAACGCUUAGAAACCGUCCUGAAGGCGGAAUCAGAGAAGAAGGAGAAGGAGGAUCGUAGUCGUCUGCCAGACCCACCCAAGACUGCGCAGGACAUUUGGCAGCAGAGUGUCAUUGGAGACUACCUGGCCAGGUUUAAGAGUGACCGGCCAAAGGCGCAGAAAGCCAUGGAAGCAACCUGGAGCACCAUGGAGAAAAAAGAGAAAAUUAUGUGGAUCAAAAAGGCAGCAGAGGACCAGAAAAGAUACGAGAGAGACCUGUGUGAGAUGCGCUCACCCACUGCUACCAUUGCCGCAGGGAAGAAGAUGAAGUUUGAGGGUGAACCCAAGAAACCGCCAUCAAACGGAUAUCAGAAGUUCUCUCAGGAGAUGCUGUCCAACGGAGAGCUGAAUCACCUCCCGAUGAAAGAACGGAUGGCUGAGAUCGGCAGCCGCUGGCAGAGGUUACCACUGAAGGACAAGGACCGCUACAAGAAGAUCGCCGAGGAGAAGCAGAGGCAGUACAAAGUCCAACUGGAACAGUGGCUCGCUAGCUUGUCUUCACAAGAGAGAAACACUUACAAAGAAUAUAAUUCACAAAAACGGAGAACUACGGCAAAACCAGGAGGUCCCAAAGCAAAGUCCAAGAAAUCUGACACGGAGGAGGAGGAGGAUGACGACGACGAUGAAGAUGAUGAGCAGGAGAAGGCUUCCUCUGAGGCCGACUCGUCCAGCGAGGACGACGACGAUGACGACGAUAAGGAGGCGGAUGACGACGAUGAUGAGGACGACGAUGACGACGACGAGGCGGAGGACAAGGAGAACAAGUCCGAGGACAGCAGCAGCGAAUCAAAUUCACAGUCGUCAGACUCUGAUUCAGACUGAAACGGGCCGAGGUCGCCACCGUCGUCGCGAGACGAACUGAGCAGCGCUGAGCUGAGCCAAGAGUCAAGGGAGCUCUGCCACUGUGCCAACCCUGCUCUCCUCCCACCACCAGGGGGAGCCCCUGUAUUGCCUCAUCCACUUCACAUUCACCCAUUUUGUGUUUUGCAUAGGUGAUUUUCUGAUGGAGGGACCCCGCCCUUAAGUCCAAAAUCAGUUUCAUUCCCCUGCCCGGUGUGAUGGUCAUCGUUAUGCCAAAAACAGCAUCCCACUGGUUUGGUGAUGUCGUGAACAUUUCUGCCGCUGGUUUCAAUCUUGACUUACAGGUUCAAUGGUUUAAGGUUAGAGUUUUAAUGUUGAGGGUAAUCCAUAACUCUCCAGUGUUUAUUUUAUUAUUCUGGUAAUUAGCUGAAGACAGAUGGCUUCAUACAGCCAAAGAACAUAGUAUGGUGGAUCACUUUAGGGAGGGGGGUGUGCAGGGUACUGAAAAAUUGCACUCUUCAGAAUGUUUCCAUGAUUUUUUUUUUCUCUUCCCAAGAACAUUGUCGUGUUUUUUUUUCUCUUCUCAAUUUAUUAUGUAGAUUUUAUCAUUUGGUUCUUAAAGAGGUGGUAUUUUUUUCAGGAAAAAAAUCAAGCCAUUAUGAAUGUCUUUUUGUUGCUGGAGAAUUUAGAUAUUGUUACUAAAAGAUAACAGUGCCUACAUAAAGCAUUCACCCCCCCUUUUUUUGGACUUUGUCACGUUUUACAGUGUUGAACUAAAGUGGAUGUAACGAGGCUUCCAUACUUCAAAUGUUUCUUUUUAAAGGAAUACUGCCACGUCUAGGUGUUGGCCAGCCCGUGACGUUGGGUACGUUUAAAGGUGCAGCAGUCUUUUAAACACUGACUCUCACUCGUUUUCCCGUAGUUUCACAAGAUAAACGUCUCUACUUUAAUAAUCUAAAUUAAGUGCAAGUUUAAAAAAAACUUAAAUAUUUAGUAGGGACACCAAUAGAGGAGUAACUCUUGUGUUUAUUCGACCAACACAGCUUGUUAUAAGCAGAUUUACGGCUGUGCUAUAUUCUUUAGAUUUCCCCCUCUAAUAAUUGACUUAACUAAUCUGCAGACUAUUCUGUGCCUUGUUCUUUCAACCUUUCCCUGAACGGUAAACUUGUUAAAAAAAAAAAAAAAAAAAGUAUUAGAAAAAUAACUGUAGCUGUAUUUACUGGUCACACUGUUACACAUGUUUCAUUUGUGAGGAUUUGUUUUCAUGUUUACAUUAAGAGUCUGUUGAUUUGAUUGAAAAAAAAAAAAGGCUGAUUACACCCACUUUGCUUCAAAACUGCGAAACGACAAACCACUCUGAGGGAGGUGAAGUCUUCUUAUAGGCGCUGUAGGAUCCAUUGCCAUGUGUCUGUCAUUUAUGAAGCUUAACUUACCUGUCUUGUACACAGAAAUCCAUCAGUCUGAAACAAUUCUGCCUGACUCAGCAGUUUGUUCUGGCCUGACAGUAAUAAACAGUGUUUGUGUGACCAGACCAUUUGUCAUUGAAGGGACGACGUUUUGUUUUCCACAUGUAGAGCUCCGUCUGACUCUGUUUUUAAAGAAUAUGUCACACAGUCUGUGUAUGUUUCUUCUCUGAGCCGCUGUUUUAUGUUUCAUUCGCGGUUUGUUCAAAUUGUUAAUAGGUUUGUUUUUAAUUGUUCUGAUCCAUGUGGAAUCAUUUGUGGAUGUUGAACUGAAUGGUUUUCAUCAAUUUUUUUUUCUGUUCCUUUUUUUUUUUUUUUUUGACAUUUUAAUGGUAUUGACUGCAACUCGAAUGGGUUUUAGUCUGAUGCUUAUCCCAAAAAAAAAAAGUGUGCACUUAAUGUAAACCUGUCCCUCUGUGUGAGUUUAUGUGCAUGCAUGCACAGAACUGUGUAUAUAUGAGGGUGCGAGUGUGUGUUUCUUUGCUUUAAUGUGUGCUGUUUUUACUGUUUUUGUUGCAUACCAUGAUGUGACUGCAGCGUGCAUGUUUGUGCCUGUGUGGGGACAUCUUACCAACACCAUGAAUGUAGAUAUUGUUCAAUCUUUUAAUUUUUUUUUUCUUUCUCCAAAGGUCUUUAGUAAAUUUUUGCUCUGCGCUGUCGUGUCAUUGGUUACCUAUAAACUGACUAAUGACAAGACUUCCAUGACUGUCAUUCUGGGUCCAUAGGCAGAUGAGAACUUGGCAACUAUAAAUAAUCUCUUAGAAAUGGACUGAUUUUGAUCAUUAUGAAUCUCAUCACUGUCUGAAACAAAAACCAGCGUGGACUAUUUAAAUAAUUUGGGGAGGGAAAAGGAAGGCGAUUGCUGAUAUCGAUCGAGGGGAGUUUGUUAAAGGGAUUCGGGGAGCUGAGUUGCCAGAGGAAUUUGGGGUUAAACUUGUAAUUUUUCUGUAAAUACUGUUUUUUGUAUUGAGUGCUUAUUGUUUUGUUAGUGCUUUAAGUUUGCAAACCCUCAUCUGUGACUUCUGAAGCCAGUGAGUUUUUCACUCACAACGGGAGAGUUUUUUUGGUUUAAUUCACCUGUUUUAGUUGUUUCUUCUCUCCCUUCUGUUGGUUUAUAGAGAUAUCUAAGACAGCAAAGCUUUACAAGUUUGUACUGCUGAUCAUUUGACAAAAUUUGAUGUUUUCUAUAGCUGAGGGUGUUCUUAUGUCCUUGUAGUUCAAGUCUUUGGGCAAAUAAAAAAAA